GAGAGAGAGAGAGAGCGAGAUAACGGAGAAGGAGAAUUAAAAGUGCCUAAGAAGUCAUCAUCUGCUGCUAUCAGCGUUCGUUCGUUUGCCCCCAGCGUACUUACACAACUUGGAAAAAUGGUCAAGGAGAAGCCCAACUCAACGCGUAUCUACGACAAGGAUGGCUUCAGGCGACGGGCUGCCUGCAUUUGCGUACGGGCCGAAAACGAGGCAGAGGUUCUUUUGGUCACCUCUUCGAGGCGUCCAGAGCUGUGGAUUGUUCCAGGUGGUGGCGUGGAGCCCGAGGAAGAGCCCUCUGUGACCGCUGUACGCGAAGUGCUCGAGGAGGCCGGCGUUGUUGGCAGUUUGGGUCGUUGUCUGGGCGUUUUCGAGAAUAACGAUCAUAUGCAUCGGACUGAAGUGUUUGUCAUGAAUGUGACGAAGGAGCUGGAGGAGUGGGAGGACUCGCGCAGCAUUGGGCGCAAGCGGCAGUGGUUCACCAUCGACGAUGCCUUGUCCCGGCUGGCGUUGCACAAGCCAACGCAGCAGCACUACCUGAUGCAGUUGCAGCACUCGAAGACGCGGGACAACACGAAUCGUGUGGUGAAUGCCACGCAUCCGCCCAAAUUGACCAAUGUGGCCUCAUCUCCAGCUGCAUCGCCAACAACGGCAUGAACACCACGUACUACACACAUAUACCCAAAAAAAACACACACACACACGCAACAUCCAAUCGCGUAAAAUCUAUUCUAAACUAUUCUUCAAAACCCCGCGCACAUUUUGACAUUUUUGGAAGUUUACAAAUAGACAGGCAGUUUAUAGUUUAUGUUGAUUAAGCAAUAUGUUAUCCACCACCCAUGCACCUUUACACUUACACCCUCCCAUACACAGCCUCCUAUCCGCCCCUCCUUGAGCCUAUGUUUAAGUCAAACGUUCAUUUAUGUCUUUAGUAAUUUGUAAUGGAACUAAAUUUACUUGAUUGUACUCUCCAAAAGGGAGAGAGAAAGAGUUAGGAGAGUGAGUUCGAGGAUGAGUAAAAACAUCUAAAUAAUUAUAUGUAAUUCAAGCUCUAUAACUAACAAAAAAAACACACAAAAAACAAGAAAAUAUAAUAAUUUUUGAGCGAAUAGCACUUUUUGCAAAAACUAAAAAAAAACUAGAGAAAAACUAAAACAAGAAGAAAGCAAAACAAAAAUAUCUAUUAGAUUUUUCUACUCUUUUUUAUAAUUUACUCAAAAAUUGAUGGCAUAUUCAAAAAUUGAUUCAACUACCAAUUGGAAAUGCUACAACUUGAUUAACUGAUGAUUAAACAAUUAUGCUAAGCGGUCGAAACCAUACACAAUAAAACAAAAAACAAUGUUUAAGCAACGACUAACGAAAUGUAUUUCGUUCUGAAUCUGCCACAAGUGGCAACAAAACACACACCAUAAGAGAUGUUUUUCUGUUAACAGAAUGAAUCAUUAGAGAACCUUAUUAUAUAAUUAACAACCAGUUGCCUAUGCAAGAAUAUAUAUAUAAAUAUAUAUGAAGAUAAACGUUAACUUAUUGUAAACAAAAACGAAAACACAAAGCGUGAAAUUAGUGAGAAGAGAGAGCCAGCAGCAGCUCCAGCAAAGCAACAACAAAACAUAUUAAGAACUAAUUCAAACUACUAAGAUAUUGUGCACGUUGUACUUUUCAAAAGCAUAUAAAAAAGAAAACCCAUACACAAUA